CUCACUUGCUGGACCUAUCAAAUAAGCAGAGCAUCGUCAGAUCGCUUUCAAGCUGACUCGGUACAAGCCCCCAAGUACUCACUGACUCCACAGUUCACCGUCCCCUCCUCAACGCCCCUCCAUCCUCAGAGUCUGCCAACAUGCCAACCAUCACAGUAGAUAAAGCGGAGCUCAUGCGACGUCUUGAAAGAGAUUACACAACACAUGAAUUCGAUGAGCUCUGCUUUGAGUUCGGUAUAGAGCUAGAUGAAGAUACGACAGAAGACGUCAAAGCGGCUCUCGCAAAAGGCCUCCCCACCUCUCCGCCUCAACUCAAGAUUGAAAUACCAGCCAACAGAUACGACCUGCUCUGUCUUGAAGGUCUUUCCAGAGCACUUCGUAUCUUCUUACAAAAGGACACUGCACCUACUUAUUCUCUCUCACAAGUAGCUCAGCUACAAGAGGUCUUCGUGGAAGCUUCAACAUCUCCCCUUCGGCCACACUUUGCGAGUGCAGUGCUUCGUUUGGCUAGGCCAAUGAACGACCUUGAAUAUGAUUCUUUCAUCGACUUGCAAGACAAGCUUCAUCAAAAUUUAUGUCGUAUGAGACGUUUUGUUGCUAUUGGUACACACGAUUUGGAUACGAUUGAGGGGCCAUUCCGGUAUAUGUGUCGAGAUCCUCAUGAGAUCAAAUUUGCUCCUUUAAAUAAAGACACGGUCCAUACAGCUGCAGAGCUCAUGACGAUCUACGAGACCGACAGACAUUUGAAGCCCUACCUUCCUAUCAUAAGAGAUGCCCCGGCCUAUCCUAUCAUUUAUGACAAGCAUGACCGAGUGUUAUCAAUGCCACCUAUCAUUAAUUCUCAACACUCCAAGAUCGUGUCGGGUAAGACGAAGAAUAUCUUUAUCGACACAACUGCCACGGACAAAACAAAAUUGGAUAUCGUCAUCAAUAUGGUCGCUACGAUGUUUGCUGAGUACUGUCAAAUCCCCUUCUCCAUCGAGCCAGUGAAGAUACAUAUGCCUGAUGGAACGUCCCAUCUCACACCCUCCGUCGCCCCUCGUCUCACCACGGCCUCCACGAAAUAUAUUAACGCCGCCACUGGUCUAUUCCUUCCUCCAGACGAGAUAUGUACUCUCCUUACCCGCAUGUCGCUAGCUGCCGUACCCGGGAAACCCACCGCGGACGAUGUACAUCUAGAAGUACAAAUACCCUGCACGAGACCAGAUAUUCUUCACGAAUGUGAUAUAAUGGAAGACGCCGCUAUAGCCUUCGGUUUCAACAACUUACCAAGGCAGCUGCCUCAGACCAAUACGGUAGCUCAGCCGUUCGCGGUGAACCGACUAGCGGACAUUGUCAGGAAAGAGUGUGCAAUGGCAGGUUGGAUAGAGGCAUUACCUCUUAUUCUGUGCUCUCAUGAUGAGAAUUUCGCCUGGCUACGACGGAAAGACCCAGGUGGCCAGGCAAUCGUCUUAGCCAACCCAGCUUCUAUGGAGUAUCAAGUCGUCCGUACAUCUUUACUACCCGGUAUGCUCAAGACCAUCCGAGAAAAUCGUGCGCUUCCUCUUCCUGUCAAAGUGUUCGAAGUAUCCGAUAUCGCCAUGCAAGACCUUACUGCCGAGCGACAGGCCAGAAACUAUCGACGUCUAUGUGCGGUUUACAUGGAUCGUAAAGCUGGUUUCGAAGUGGCUCAUGGACUGUUGGAUAGGAUCAUGCAGAUCCUCGGAGUACCGUUCCUCCAUUCAGAGUCUAACGAGGGAGAGUAUGGGUAUUAUAUCAAGGGACAAGAUGACGAUACGUAUCUUCCAGGAAGAGGUGCCACCGUGUUCUAUCGUCCGAAACCCAAUGUCAAUGUGAAACAUAGCGAUUCGAGCGCUCAAACGGCGGUGGAAAAGGGUGAAGGAGCUUUGGAAAAGAUGGCUGGAGCUUUGAAGGCUGCUUUACCGGGAGCGAGUAGGGAUGUCGUUCUUGGCUCUUUGGGUAUCCUUCAUCCGGAAGUAUUGGGUCACUUUGAACUGUCCCGCCCCUGUUCAGCUCUGGAGAUUGACAUUGAGCCAUUGCUGUAGACGUGACAACAUGCAUCUAUCUGCUACAACUC